AAAGCCUUUGUUGACUUCUACCGUAUCGCUGGAACUGGUGCUCACGUGGAUGCAGCUAACCUCUUGGUACAGCAAUCGCAACCAGCUGAGCCUGGUUCCUCAACUGAAAUACCUACGACCUUAGUGGAUCGCCUAAAAGAAGUUCUCAAGGGAAGCGAAGUGGAUCGGCUUCGGCUUAACGAGAUGGAACUGUCCGACGAGGCUUUGCACCAAAUUGGAUCGUGUUUGCGCAGCACAAAUUGUCGUGUUCGCCUUCUGUCGCUCGAACUGACCUCGCUGUCCUCGGUCAGCCCUUCCGCUCUGCUGCAAUUUGUCCGCGACGUCGCUCCGACGGACCUAGUUUUUCGAAUGCUUCGUGGGUGCACCGAGGAGCACUUCGGGCCAGAGAUGUGCCGGUUCAUCGUCUCGCGACGGUUCUUCAGUGUUUCCGAACUGAUCGAUGCUCAGAGCAACGAUGUCCUGCUUUCGCUGGACGACUCUAUCUUAAGUGAACUUUCCGCUUCCACGUUCCAAAUCGCCGUACCCAGUUCGAUUACGGUAGACGGCUUACGGUCAUUCAUCAAG